AUGUCGGUGUACAUCCAGCUGACGCACGACCUGUCGGGGACGGUGACGGCCGUGACGAUCGGGGAUUGGAUCCUGGGCAUCCUGAAGCAGAAAAACAUCCAGGAGUACGAAGUGUUCUUUAAGAAGUUUCUCAACAUUUAUCAGAAGCAGGACAAAGAUUCGGAGAGUAACAAUCGAUCGGAAAUAUUUUCUCUACUCCUCUCGGCCAGCGACUUGGUGUUUGAGACCCUAGUGGAGACAAAGAAAAACAACAAGAUAAAAGUUACCAUUGAUAAUAAGGAGAGUGUGAAAACAUAUAAUGAAUUCUACAGAGAGGUGGAAGAAUACUUCGUCAUCCUGAUAUCUAUUCUGCAGUUAGAAUUUAAGACCGUCGAAGAUUUGAACAAUGCUACCAACAACUUCAUCAUGGCCAUUAAAAAUUUUAAUGUCUUCCCAGAGUUGCGAUUAAAGAUUCUGCAGCUUCUUUAUAACUCCUUCAGUGUGAAUUUCUCUUUUAGAUUUCCAACGUUCAUUGCGAUUUUACAGUUCUCUUCACAGAAUAAUAUUUUCCAUUUUAUGCUUCCCUAUAUCAAAUUCAUCGACCAGUGGAUUAAAGAGUGGAACAUCAGCUCAAGAGAGAAGAGACAAAUAUAUCUGAUCAUCGCCCAAGAGCUCAAAAAGCUAAAAAAGUAUGAAGAAUCUUUUAAACAUCUAAAUAAACACGUCUACUACUUCCAGAAGGAACCACCUGAAGUGUUGAAUCAUCCAACCACCGUAAAUGCGACUAUUGAACUCAUUGCAGAUGCGAUUAAUCUGAAGAACAAUAUUUACUUCCACCAAUUGCUAACCCUAGAAGCUAUCCAGAACUUACAAAACAUUGAAGAACAUAAACCCAUUUUCCACUUACUAACAAUAUUCUACCAAUACAGUAUCCACGAAUUUCUAGCGUUUAAAAAUAACUACGGUGAGGAGUUAUUCACCAAGUAUAAUAUCGACUACGAAGUUGCAGAGAAUAAGAUAUACCUUCUUUCCAUUAUCUCCCUUUUUAAAGACACCAAAGUGCAAAACAUUGAAUACAUCUCAGAAAGACUCCACAUCAGUACUCUCAAAAUUGAGAAUAUUCUUGUCGCUGCCAUCGGAAGUGGAAUUAUCGAUGCGAAGAUAGACCAGAUAAAUAAAAGCGUACAAAUGAAGACCACCAUUUUGAGGCACUUUGACGACACCCACUGGGAAAUCUUAAACGCACAAAUCAGCAAGUAUAUCAACAAUGUGCAGAAAAUCCUCGACAUUACCACGUCCCGCUCGAGACCUAUGCAGGGCAAAUAG